CAUUUAUUUUUCUAGAAUUUUAACUGUAAACAAUUGCUCCAAACGAAUGCAACUUACUAUUUAUCAUAAACACAACUUCGUUAUUAUUCAUUUAUAUGGUUAAAAAAUGUAAAAAGUAUAGUGGACAUGUCUUGCAGAGGUGCAGAUACCAGCGACCUCUAGGGCGCACACCGGCUCAUAUUGUUGGCGAGAUCUGCCGGGGCUGGCGGAGUUGGUCAUCAUACAAUCGAACGAAAUGGAGGUGCGAGAAAUUUGACGAAAAUUUUCAUUCACAACAGCUCUGUUAGCUACGUAUAGUGUCGAACAGUAGUGAUACUCUAGUACAGAUGGGAUGAAGGAGUAUAUAUGGCUAGGACAGCAUGAAAUUAGGUAUUUUUAAAACCCAACAAACGUUCACGAUUUUGUAGCCCUGUGGUUACCUUUAAGUCCCUUGGAAGACUUAAAAAAAAGUCGUGUUCGGCAGGAAACACUACACUACUAUCAGUGAAAUGCUCAGAUAUUUGACGCAUAAGUUAAAAACACAAUCACUAAAUGAAGAAUCUUUCCCGUCAAAGAAUGAUGAUGAUCACGAUUCAGGAACAGAAUCUGAUGAUGAAGGAGCGGAUGCAGAAGAACUUGAAAAAUACAUGGAUGACUCCUUGCACUGUGAUGGCAGCUCCGCUCCUUCAGACCGAGCGAGCAGCACCUUGGAUACCAUCACGGAUACGACGGAGGGCCGUUGUAGUGCCAUCGGCGGCCAGCCAAGCCCCAACCUGCUCGACUCUGCUCUGCCUAGCGACAGUGACCACAACUUUGACCACCACAGCUCCGAAGAGGAGCUAGAAGUGAUAAACUGCAGCACAAGCGGAGGGCCUAGCAAGUACCCGGAGAAGCGGAAGUGGUCGCAGGCCAACAACAGACUUAGUCUCGGAUCCGGGUCCGGCUCGGACGAGGAGGUUCGGGACCUAAUGUGUGUCUCGGCACCCGUCGAGUUCCGUUCCUCUCCGCCGGCCAACGUCCCCAAGCCCAGCCGGUCGCUUUCGCCUCCACCUAAGCUAUUCCACGCCUCGACGACGAUCCCACCACAUGAGCUGUGCUCCGUCUCGCCUAGGAAGAGACAUAGGCGCACACUCCUGGCUGCCUCGGCGGCCACCUCUACUAGUACAAAUCUUGUCGACCAUCGACCGUCUCUAGACUUCGAAAAAAUGCAGCAGAAUCGGCGAAAAAGGACAUCACAUGGAUAUGUAACACGGGGAAAGUCGUACAUCUUGUGUGAGAAUGUUUAGCAACAAAUAAAUGCCCUGUAUAGAGUUUGAAAAGUGUUUAUCCACAAGUAAUUUUUACGGACUAUGCGUUGAAGAAUUAUUUCUGGAAUAAACUAAAAGAUGAGUGAUAUUCGUAGAAGAGAUCAACUCUCUCUCUCUGGUCUUGUAUAUUUAUAAUCUUAGCUACGCCAUUUGUCCGAAGCCUAAGAAGACGUUUAUAUGUGUUCAUAGUGUAUUUAUUGAUAACCUGUGAAAAAGAAAAAAACAUGUAUAUUAUAGGAUAUUAAAAUAAUUGACGUUCUA